UCGACUUCCGCAUUGCUAAAUGCGUUACGCUUCUCACUUGCGCUACAUUAUCAAGGUUGUGAAAUUUAAUAUUGUGGAAAGAAUUCUAUUUUCUUAUGAGCGCUGAUUCGAUGCUGAGGGACACGCAAGCCAAGAAAUAGAAAUGGAGAACACUCCCAGUGGUCGGUAUGACGGCAAUCUUGGUGACAUCAUGCAAAAUGAGCGACAGAUAGACAGAUUCCUUGAUGUUGUCUUUGAAUUUUUAUAUCGCAGGUCUGAUUUUUAUCGCCUCAUGAAGCAUGAGAACGAUUCCAUGGGUCUCCCUCCAGGCGUAGCUCGUAAACACGUCAUGCAGGCCUUUAUGAAAUAUGAACGCAUUGCUCAAGGGACAGAAAAUCCAGCCUGUAGACCAAAGGAAAAGAAACAAGCAACGAGUGAACCUUCUGUUGAUGUACCUGCAGUAGUCGAGUCUAUCGUGGAAGUCACAGCAACUACUGAAGUAACUGAUCUUCCAGGCAGCCCCUCAGGUGGCCCUUCUUCUUCAUCAGCUAGCCCAUCACCUGUAGGCACUAGCCCCAGUGCAGGGGCUAGCGGUCCGAGGUUGAACCCAGAUACGGGUGAGGUGAUAGCUGACACAGGGUGUUGUACCAAAGGCAAGACAUCAGCAGCUCCUGAUAAACCAGCUCAAAGACAUAAAUUGAAUGUUGCAGACACAUACAACGGUGCUUCGAGAGAUAACUAUGCCUGGUCACAGACAUUGAAAGAUGUAGACCUGAAGGUUUUUGUGCCACCCACAGUUACCAAAGCAAAACAACUCUCAGUUGAUAUCAAGAAUGACUUUAUUAAGAUUGCCUUGAAAGGAAGUCCUUCGGAUGGACAAGGUGGGAAGAUUUUAGUUGAAGGUAAACUCAAGGAGAACAUCAAAGGAGAGGAAACUAUCUGGAGCUUGGAUCCAGGAAACUGUGUGCAGCUGAACUUUGAGAAGAGGAGAGAGAUGUGGUGGAAGGGCGUUUUAGAAGGUGAGCCAGAGAUCGAUCAGAAGAGCAUUGAUAAUACCCAGUAUGUACAUGAGAUGGACGACGACUCCCAGGCAGACUACCAACGUGUCAUGUAUGACAUGGAACGCAAGAGACAGGGUCAACCAUCCAGUAAAGAAGAGGAAACACAAAACAUUCUAAGGAAAGCCUGGAAUGCUGAGGGGUCACCAUUCCAAGGGUCGGAGUUUGACCCUUCAAAGAUCAACAUAUCUGCAUCUUGAUGUUGCCUUUGUUCUGAAAAGAUAUGUGGGACAGUGCAUAUAAAGUUAAACAACUAUUUUUAAUCAAUUCAAGCCUUGCUGGCUACUGGAUUAAAUCCAUAAUCAAUUUUCAAUUUGCAAGAUUGUCAAUGACACUUGCAUGGUUAAAAUUGCAUAAAAUGAUUUCAAAGCCAUUGUACAUAAAAUUGUGUGAUGUUUGUACUUUAAGUAAUCUUAUCAAGAUGUGUGCAUGUGUAAAAAGCCAAAGAGUGUAGAUCGUUUGGAUGGAAUGGAGGUGCUUAUGUCAGAAAUUAGUUUAAAUAUGUAAAGGGUGGAUAAUGAACCUCUGCUACUGUUGUAUACAAAAGAGUAGUGGUGUUUGGUAUUCAACAACUUCAUAUUGCUACCGUAAGGGCAGCCAUGCUAAAGCCAGGGUAAUGAAAAUGGAGCGCCAGGAGUGGCAAUGUGCCAAACAUGUGUGCUAUAUAAGACUCCACUAUUGUUAUUAUCAUUAUUACAAGCCGUAUAAUAUGAACUGUAUGCUGUAAAUGGAAGUUACAAUAAAUACUUUCAUCUAUUCUUGUGCAUGACGUAUGUAUGUGCAUGAAUUAUUUUCAUAAACAAGAACUUUGGUACACUGUGAUUGUGGAAAGGUGAACAUAUCUUCUUUUCAUUGUAAAAUUACUUCUUUUGCUCAAAGCUUGUGACCUCUUCUUCACGAGGCAAAUACACACACUGUUGUUGAGUACACAACUAUUUUCUGAUGCAAAGAAGGUAUUGUUUAAUGCCAACUACAGAUGAAAGAUGUUAAUAUGAUGGUUCUUUUGAUACUGCAUGUAUGAACAUUCCUGCAUUCCUUUUUGAAUUUUGCCUGGAAACUACUUACAUUUUGUCAGGUGUAGUUUAUUAACCCAGAAUAUUUUGAACUUGUACAAUUACCUUUACACAAAGAUUACAGUUCCAUGUGUGAUAACAGAGUUAUGUACUUUAAAUUUUGAAUUGCAUGGAACUAUUUAUAUUCUCCCAUUUGUUGCAUGUCACCUUACAUCUGAAUGAGCAUUAUGAAUAUCUGUUUACCCUUUAUAACCUUUAAGUGUUAAUAACUUUAUGUCACUUUUCAGAUCAGAAUUUAACCGUAACAGUUGAGUUUACCAAGUUAAAACAAAUUGUUCUUUGUUUGUUUUGUUUUUCUGUAAAUUUAUCACUUUGUAUUUAUGAAAUGCUGAAUUUUGUAUUGUUUUCACUGACCAUUCCAUAUGGUGAAUGUUGUAUUCAAUAAAGAAAACACUUUCAAAUCUGA